GUAAGCGGGAGGAGUCGGCGCUGCAACCUCUGAGCCUCUCUGCCUCAGCGGCGGGAGCACCUGGCUGGCCAGCCGCCUUCCCCCUGCCCAGCACACUGCCACCUCCAGCACUGCCACCGCCCGGCGCGAGCCCCACGUCCGGCGACAGCCACACCUUCGGCUCCUUCCUGCCGGGCUCCUGCCUCCUCUGACUGCCGGGCUCGCACGCCUCAGGCUGAUCUAAACGAUGUUUUCUUCUGUGAAGCCCUAUGAGAACCAAAAAUAUUGGGCUCUGAAGAAGGAUUGUCUGAAGAGGAAGGUGCUCUUUGAGGACCCUACAUUCCCAGCCAAUGAUGAAUCCCUGUAUUACUCAGGUACCCAGCGGCAAGAUGUCCAGUGGAGACGGCCUAAGGACAUCUGUGAGAACCCUCGCCUCUUUGUAGAUGGCAUCAGUUCUCAUGACUUGCACCAGGGCCAAGUGGGAAACUGCUGGUUUGUGGCGGCCUGCUCAGCUUUGGCUUCACGGGAGUCCUUGUGGCAGAAGGUCAUCCCCAACUGGAAGGAGCAGGAAUGGAACCCCGAAGAUCCUUCGAGCUAUACGGGCAUGUUCCAUUUCCAUUUUUGGCGCUUUGGAGAAUGGGUUGAUGUGGUCAUUGAUGACCGACUGCCUACGAUCUAUAACCAGCUCAUCUACUGCCAUUCAAAUGUUAAGAAUGAAUUUUGGUGUGCUCUGAUUGAGAAGGCUUAUGCCAAGUUAGUAGGAUGUUAUGAAGCUUUAGAUGGAGGCAAUACUGCGGAUGCCCUAGUAGAUUUCACAGGGGGUAUCACAGAGCCCAUUGAUCUGACAAUUGAGGAUUAUGCCAAUGAUGAAACGUUGCGGAACCAGCUAUUUGAGCGAGUACUGAAGGUCCACUCACGUGGGGGGCUCAUCAGUGCAUCUAUUAAGGCAAUGACAGAAUCUGACAUGGAGACCCGGCUGGAUUGUGGACUGGUGAAGGGUCAUGCCUACGCCAUUACGGAUGUGAGAAAGAUUCGUCUGGGCCAUGGCCUGAUGGCCUAUUUCAAGUCAGAGAAGCUAGAUAUGAUCCGAUUGCGAAAUCCUUGGGGGGAGAAGGAAUGGAAUGGUCCCUGGAGUGACACUUCAGAGGAAUGGCAGAAAGUAAGCAAAAGCGAGAGGGAAAAGCUGGGCGUGACCGUGAAGGAUGAUGGAGAAUUCUGGAUGACAUUUGAAGACCUCUGCCGAAAUUUCACGGACCUCAUCAAGUGUCUCAUCAUCAACACAUCCUACCUAAGCAUCCACAAAACCUGGGAGGAGGCGAAGAUCAAAGGAGAGUGGAAGUAUCAUGAGAAUCCUUUGAAGAACCGCACUGGGGGCUGUACCAACCACAAGGAGACUUUCUUCCAGAAUCCCCAGUAUGUAUUCAAUGUGAAGAAACCAGGGGAUGAAGUGCUUAUCUGUCUGCAGCAGAAAACAAAGCGGACCACGCGCAGGCAGGGCAAAGCUGAGAACCUGGCCAUUGGCUUUGACAUCUACAAGGUGGAGUCGAACCGAAAGUACCGCAUGCAUACUAUACAGGAAAGGGCAGCUGGUUCCAUCUAUAUCAAUUCACGCAGUGUCUUCUUGAGGACUGAACAGAAAGAAGGUCGAUAUGUCAUCAUCCCCACCACCUUUGAACCAGGCCAGACAAGUGAAUUCCUCCUCAGGAUUUUCACAGAUGUGCGUGCCUCCUGCCAGGAAUUAUGCUUGGAUCAGCCUCGACAUUGGUGGUGGAAUAGAAUAUUCGGUUACCCUCAGGUUGUGUCCCAGGUCCAUAUCAUCAAAGCUGAGGGGCUAAGGGAGCCCCCUUCAGAAGGAACUAAUUCCUAUGUGAUCAUCAAAUGUGAAGGGGAGACAGUCCGAUCGGAUGUUCAUAAGCAUAAUGGCACCCCAGAGUAUGAUGUGAAAGGCAUUUUCUAUCGUAAGAAGCCGGAGCAGCCCAUCAUAGUCCAGAUUUGGAACCACAAAUUCUUGUUGGAUCAGUUCCUUGGGCAGGUGGCUCUGAAGGGGGAUCCAGAUGACCUUCAGACAUCCCACGCCCUGCACCUACAAGACAGGGGCAAUGGGAAUACCAAUGACCUUCCUGGCACCAUCUCCCUACAGGUCUUCAGCAGCAGCAACCUCACACACAUCUAGGGCAUUCCCCAGCCCUGGAGAACCCAUGGUCCGUGGGGGGCACGGCUGGACCUGCUCCUGGGUGGCUCCAGCUUUCUCUUGGAGCCCUUUACACACACAAUGAGAUUUCUUUAUUUCCCAAGGACAGAUUCACUACGUAGAAGAAUGAUGCAUGUAUCUCCUGGAAUAUGGUGUCUGAGGGUAUCAGAGGCCUUCUGGACGCUUGGCAUCUCUUAGCCAGUGGAGGGGGGUGUAAGACCAAGAGCACUCCAGGACAGGGUACCACUCAGUCACCUGUUUAUAAGCCAGUGGCUCUGUGGAUUUUGCUCUUGCCCCUAACCCAUUCUCUGUUAGCCAAUAUCCCCUCAUUCCUUUCCUCUUCCCCCUCCCCCCCACUUCCCUUUCCCUCCUCCUGUGUUCUCAGUUACCCACCACCCACUGUAAUGAUAGUUUGCCCUCCCUAGGGUCCCUUUUGUUCAGAGAGAGUAGCAACACUUUUGUGUAGUGGAGAGAGCGCUGAAGCAGGAGUCAGAAAGACUCGGCUUUCAUUGACUGGCCAACCAGUUACACCAGGGUCGACUCCAUCAGUAUAAAGGUAUCCAGUGGCUGGGUGGGACUUAGAAAAGAUCUGGUGGAAUUUUGGCCAGGCCAGGGGCUCUCCCCAAACUGCCCACCCCAUAGUCAGACUCCUUGUUAGUGGGAGGACUUACCAGGAUUGUUUAUCCUGACAAGGAUGGACAUCUUCACAUCAGAAUGGUUUCUUUUGUCAGUUCUGUUAGGAUUUCCACUAAGAGAGCCAUAGCCAGGUUGCUUUGAAAGCUUUCCAUUAGAUCAUUAGGGCCCAUUUUAGAGGUGAAAGGACUUCACGUGGGCACGUGCAUGUAGCCAGGCUCUCUACCGGCCGUCAGUGCUGUAGCUUUUUUCACAAGUUGAACUAACUGCCAUAUGUUGAAGGAUCACAAUUCCAUGGACCAUCUCAUCCAGGUCAAACCAGGUGUUAUCACUGGUUCUCCUCCCAGAGAGGAUCAGUUCCUAUCUAGCUGGACAUUUGCUCAUCAGUCUGGAUGAUAGCUGGCACUCGUGGGCAUGUGUCAGAGAGCAGUGCCAAGGCAGCCCCUGCACUAAUGAGAGACAGAACUCUUAGCCAUGCCAAAGCCGGGGUCUGGGGGAAAGGGUGCACCAAAGGACCACCCUUCUUCCUCCAAGCAGAAUGGAUUUUCUUCAGCAAAACAGGCCCAACAAGCCAAAGACUGUUCCUUCUUGUCAUCUCAGUAUUAAGACCAAAGUGUCUUAAUGGGUUUCUUCCUCACGUCCUUGUGGUUUUUCUUAUUUCACAUUUUAGAGGCUAGGGGUUUUCAGUUGAUUAAGAGAAACAGAGGAGCAGAACCCAUACCUUUUUUUUAACCCUAAUUUUAUGGGGUCUUUUGAAAUCAUGAUUCCAGGUGGAAGGAAUUAGAGAUAGGAUGAGUGGGAAUCUGGGUACCUUUGCACCUUCCCCCCCAUCCCCCCAUAACUGGGAUUUGGAAUUGGAUAAAGAUCAGGGCAUUUUGUGUAAUUAUUGAAGGAUUUUAUUGGGUUUCCCUGGCACAUUCAUGAGAUAUGGACAGUUUAAUAUUUCCUGCCAAACAUCUGUUGUUCCAGGAGGCCCUUUCAGUUGUUAGAAACACCUAAGUCUGCCCAGAGAUCCUAAUGACUCAGUUGUGUCUGAGCCCUUUCAUUCUCCAGAUCAACAUCAGGAAAAAAGAUCCCAUAAUUUCUUGAAGGUUGAAAGCCAUUCCCCUUGUAGUUAGAAAGCCAGAAUCUUUAUUGAAGCUUGCAAACCUAGGUCUAGUUAAGGCAUGAUUGCUCUGUAAGGUAGAGCCCCUUUUUUUGCUCUCCUGGGGAUCAAGUGAGGAAGGAAAUCCUGUUUCUCUGUCACUCUUCGUUUUAAGACACCUGGGAACUUUUCAUCUCUAGGACUUUUGCCACUAGGACCAAGGUUUACUGAACUGGACAUAGUCCAGUUCUUGACUUCUCACCAUGACUUUUCACAUCCUUUUUCUCUAUCUCUGCCAUAUGCCAGUGGGACACCUCUCUCCCUAGGUUGUGUCCAUUCAGAUAAUCUGAGAGUUUAUACUCCUAUUUAGGCUCAUGAGGUAUGAAGAGCAGAAGUAAAAGAUUAGGAAGGGAUAGAAUGUAAAAGAAAAAGGAAAGAAGGAAAGAGGAAAGAAAGGAGGGAGGGAAGUAAGAAGAGAGGAAGAAAGAGGGAAGGAGAAAGAGAAAAAAGAAGGAAGGAAGGAAGAAAGAAAGGAAAGGAAGGGAAAAAAGGAAGGAAAGUCAGUUUUUUUUUUUUCUCAUCCUAAAACUCAUCUGUGAGACCCAAGGUGAUCCAUAUGGGUCUCGAAUUGAAACUCUCUGUGUGACAAUGAGCAAAGUCACUUAAACCUCUCUGUGCCUCGAUUUUUCCCAUUUUUGAGAUGGGGCCAAAAAUACUUGUUUGUCAAGCUUUUCAUGAUGAGUUCAGUUCUAAAGACAAGAAUAUAGGUAUACGUGUGCACACACGUGUGUGUUUGUAUAUACACAAAUAUACAUAUAUGUAAAUAUAUAGUAUACCAUAUUUACAUAUAUAGUACUUAUAUGUGUAAGUGUCUCAGUUACAGAAUGUUAGACCAGAGACCUUAGUGGUCAUCUCCUGUCUUAUAGCAUCCUACAGUAAUACUCAAUCUACCUUCUGUUGGGGGUAGUCCAUUCCACCCCUUUGUUUGGGAGUUUUCCCUUCCGUGAAGAAGAAAUUGCUCUCUUCAUAACACACUCAUUUUUCCUGGUUCUUACAGCAAAGUCUAAGCAAAGCAAUCCUUAUCCCCCUUCCACAUGAAUGUCCUUCAGAUAUUUGAAUAUGGAAGUCUUUAGUCUCCACCCCUCUUUCCUUAAAGCUAAAGAUUUUUUGUUCUUUUCAUAUGAUUUCCAGACCCCGUCUUAGCCUAGUUGCCUUUUUCUGGGUGUGCUCCAGUUUGUGAACUUCCUUCCUAAAAUGUGGUGCCUAGAACUGGACACGAUAUCUCAGAUGGGCCUGACCAAGGCAAAGGACCGUGGGGCUUUUGCCUUUCUCCCUAGGGAUUGUACGCCUCUUUUUAUGUAGCUCAGAUUCGUAUUUGCUUUUGGGGUUGUUGUCUCACAUAAGUGACUUAAAUUGAUUCUUAACCUCCUAAUUUCUGAGGCCCAGAAUUCCAGAUGAGAUUUAUAUUCGUCUUUGGGACAGGAUCUGGCCAGUCAGAAAUCAUAGCUUCUCUUCUUUGGAGCUGGGGUCCUGCCUGGAUACCUGCAGUACCAAGGGGGAAGACCUCCUUCCCCUCACCCACUGUUUCUCAGGCAGACCUUCACUGUGCUUUGACUCGUGCCCCUCUGCAUGGCCCUCUUUUCUCUUACCAGCCUCGCCAGCAAGCUUCCCACUAGGGCUUCCCUACACCCCCUUCUAAUUCUGGAACCACAAUCAAAUUGACUCUGCCAGUGUUCUUGGAAGGGGUAUGUUGCUCCCCCACCAUCUGUUACAUUCUGGACCAAAGUGCCCCCCAACCCCACCCCCUCUCAUCCUUGUGUGUGUUGUUUUUACCUCUUAGAAUAUAAGCUCCUGAGAGUAGUGAUUGCCUUUGCUUUUGUAUUUGUAUUCUCACAGCUUAGCACAGUAUUUGGCACCUCGUAAAUACUUAAUAAAUUCUUUUUCUUCUUUUUGUUCA